ACUAUUCAAACUCCAACCUUGACAGCUGGGACGCCACGCUGAAAUAUUACGCGAUUCCCUUUACCUGUUGCUUUUUAAUACAUUCAUGCCAUGGCCACAACCUCUUCAUUAGCCUUUUCUGCAAUGGAACCCCCUGUCAUUGAUGACACGAUGGAGAUGGCAUCGCCUUACCAGGGGCAUGCCGAUGAUUUCGACAUCGACCUUGAUGUCAUGGAUGACCAAGCUUCAAACACCGACAGAGAUAUGAUAGGGGCCGACGAAUAUGAAGAAGCUCCUCAUGGAACAGAAUACGAACAAGACGACCCGAACGAUGCGGAUAUGAUAGAUGAGGUCGCCGAACCAGCCAUGCUCGAUGUGGACGACCAGUAUGCAGAGACAAGCUAUAGUGUCGAGAUGCAGUACGGCACCGAGAAGAUUUAUGAGGCGGAAAUGCUAGAAGAUGAUUACGAUGAAGACAUUGAUGCCCCUGUUCCAGAAGCCCCUGUACCCGAAUCUCAAGAAGCCCCGACAUCCCUUGAGCCUGCAGAUAAUCAAGUAACAUCAGAACAAAUCUUAACCAAAAAGAAUGAAAGCGAUGAGACCGCUAGCGAAAAUCACACUGCGGAAGCCCAUUCCGUGAAUGACACCGAAUCCGCACCCCCCAAAGAUGAUGCACCUAAAGAAAAAUUUUCGGAAGAAGCUCCCCCAGGGCACCAUCAUGAAGAUGAAAACAAGAUCGCCCAAGAGGCUGAAGUGGACCAGCCCGAGUCUGCAGAGGUGGAUAAUAAUGUCGUUGACACUAACCAACCAGAACAAGCAGAUAUACACGAAAUUCCUAGUGAUCAUGAGGAUCAUACAGCUGGCGCCGAAAACCCCGAAGUCCAUGAAGAUGAUGCAGAUGAACGUCGGCAAACAGGGGACAAGAACAAAGAACUGGAACCGGAAGAAAAGAAAACCACAGAGCAUGACACAGAACAUGAUGAGUCUCAUGGGCAGGAGACAGAAUUUGCAGAAGACGACGAGCAAGAGCAGGAUACGACUAAGGAUUCUUCGUUGUAUCCUGUGAGAGUGUACUACCAAGACAACGAAAUCUCACUAUUCCCUCCCCAGGAGGGUGACUCCUCCGAGACAUUUUUUCUCGAAGAUGAAAAUCUCGCAUACGCACCAUUAGGAGAACUCUUUCAGUCCUGCCGUCGAGUGCUCCAAGGAAAUGUUGGAGAGAAUGAUGUUCUCGUUAUGGAUAUUGAUGCUUUGAACAUUCAGCUAACUGAGGAUUCUUUACAUAUAUCAAAGGUGACUUUGUGCCAGAUUGUGGAUCUGUAUCUCCAGUUGUGUCACAAUGAUGGAAUUGAUGAACCUGAGCCGCUCUAUCUAAGUCUCACCACGAAACUGAAUAUACCUGCGGAGGUGUCCGACCUUCUCCUUGCUGCCAGCGAAGGAAAAGGGCUGUCUGAAAUCCAUUCAUGGGAUGGCUAUCAAGAAGUGGAAGCAGCUUCGGCAGAAAUCUUUGAAGGAGACGAUCAGGAAGCGAACUCUGGCGAGGAACAGCAAGGCAUCUCCGACCAACAAGAGGGUCACCCCUCUGAGUCGCAGGAAGUUGAUGAAAACCAGUCAGAUGUCCACGAGCGGCAAGUGCUGAUCCAUCGGGUGGCACCAUUGAAGAGAUCAACGAUGGUGAAACCACAGCCCCCCCUCAGCCAGAACUUGAGAAUCCUGAGCUUCACGAUCAUCAGUCACUAGAUGAAGAACCGUAUGACUCUGAGGAGGAGCAGCAUACAGAAUCGACUGCUACUAUCACUAAUUUCUCGGCAACUGAUCUGACAGAGGAACAGCCAAAUCCUGACGACUCUACGGAUGCUCCACAUGAUGAUCACCAAGCCCAUGAUAACCAUGAAGAACAAUACGGCCUGGGAAGCGCCAGCGACGGAGACUAUCCCGAAGAGGGAGAGAUUUCGAUCAAUCCCAAUCACAAUGACAGUACCGAGGAGGUUGAGGCCGAUGCUUCUGAUCAUGGACAUGAUCAUAAUGCAGCUGAGUCAAUCACAGAAGAGCUUCGGGAGGAAACUUCGAAAGAACUUGAUGAAGACAAUCAGUCC